CGCUUAUUGAGUCAAGCAUCGCUCUUAAUAUAUAUAUUGUGUUGAUCCGAAUGUAACUUCAGUCAUCACGCAACUUGGGUUCUGAACACUUCAUCAUGCUUUUCAAAGUAUUCUUGGUGGCCUUUAUGGCAGUGGGAGUCUUAGGUGAGUUUAAGCUGAACGACGACGCGCGUCAGAAAAUUAAGGAUACCAUAAAGAAUACUUGCACCGAAAACGGGGCGGCCGAUAAAAUUGACCAAGUUGAGGAAUCAAUCAAGAACUUCGUUGACUGCUUCAAGGGUCUGUUCAACUUUGAAACUCUCAAAAACGAAAUCGAAGCGGCAAAACCUAACGGUGCCUUGGAUGAGGUGUUCAAGAAGUACUGCGCUAAAUCGCCGCAACUGAAGACAUGCAUCCACACACUCACGGAGGGCGUGACCCCGUGCCUGCCUGCCAACAUCCGCGACAACCUCGGCGCUGGCAAGAACGUUAGCGAUCAGCUGAUCGAUUUCGUAUGCUACAAGGAUGGCGACCGUAUUGCUUUGUUCAUCGCUGAAGGAGGCCCCGAGUGUUUCCAGGAGAAGAGCGGAAGUCUCCGCGAAUGCGCCACCAAGGCUAGGGAGGGCAUCACUGGCGUUGAAUCCGUGAAAGCCCUUUCUGUCGAUGAGCAAUGCGCCAAGUUCGACGCUCUCUCCUCUUGCAUCGUCAAAGCUCUUGAGGAAUGCUCCACCCCAACCCCCGGCAACAUGGCUGAAUCACUCUUGAGAUACAUCAGGAAAGGAACUCCAUGCAAGUCAAACUAAGCUCGCCCAUCGUGAAAAGACUGUCAUCUAUAAGUGCCAUUAAAAUUUCGUAAAAAAACAAUAAACGCACAAUUUUUCUUUAA